CCAUUCCAAAUCUAACUCCUACCUCCCUUGUCAAUUGUCAUCAUUUCUUCUUAUUGCUGGACCUAGUCACACUUUUGUCUUGUUUUUCUUAAAUAUCAUAGUCAUCACUUUACAUAAAGGUGGUUGGAAGCCAAAAUAAUAACAAAAAAAAAAUUAUAGGUAUACCAUUGUUUUUUAUAUUAUUAAAAUAAAAUAAAACCCAUAUGCUUCGAGCUAGCUAAUGCUUGGUUGUUUCACAUAUAUUAAUAUGACCAGUUCACUGACUGAUGUUUUAGUUCGUAAUUAUUAUAGUGUUCUUCACCACUCUUAUUUGUCUCAUAGUUUAAUUAUAUUAAGGUUCUAUACGACCAAAAAUUAGAAACUUACCAAUUGGCUGCAUUUUAAUUAUAUAGGUUUUUGUUACAAAAAAUUAUAUAGGUUUUUUGUCCGCCCGGAAAAAUGCAUGUCUAAUCUUCACGAAAUGGCCAACCUUUUUUACAUUUCCUAACAUGAUUCUCCGAAAAACCUAGAGUUAUCAUUCGCUUCUACCUGAUUUCAUCACGAUCAAAAAGUUCUAAUUUACAUGGAGUUCCAGAAGUUGUGUGCGCCCAUAGUAUAUAUGAUAUAAUUUUUCUAUGGGAGGUUCUAUUAACAACAGAGAGACAUACGAUGUGUAUUUUAAAUAGUACAAAAGAAUUUACCACUGAAUUGUAUGAACAAAGUCGAGAUUGUAUGAGCAUUUUGUAUGAGAACAAAUAACACGAGACUAUGAAAUAGAACAAACUUUGACCGAGCACAACUCAGAACCCAAAACACCGUACCAAUCAACUAGACAACUUCAUGUAACGGUGAAAUGUAAUGGUACCAAAAAGUGGGCCACAAUUCAUAACCUAAAUACACAUCAUUAUUAUUUUUGUAAAUAUGUAACCAAUAGUUCGUAAAUGUUGCAAGCGUAUGUUUACAAAUUUCUGAUUAAGAUUCUUAGAUAUGUGCCAAAUUUAUAAGCCCGUUAUCAAAAAUUACAAAUGGAAAUUGCAUAUCCAAUAUCAAGAGAUGCAUGGCAAACAUAAUUCGAAUUAGUGACAACAAAAAUCUUAAUUGAGGAUGGCUAAUUUGAAAGAGUUAACCCCUUAUAACUUCAACCUAUAACUGGCAUUUAUACGAAUAUAAUAUUAUAAUUUGAACGGUAAUCACACAGAAAGGUUAUGUGUUAGAGCAGCUUUCAAAUUUCAAUCCUGCCUUCAACAAUGGGAACACAAUCCAAAACAGGAGGAGUAUAGGUUUUAUUUUAGGGUCCCAAAUGUUACAUUUCACAAAAUAUUUUAUUUUCCCUACUACCCUUAAGAAAAUGAUGAUACUCGCGCUGGACUUGGGACCCACGCCACUACACGGCGUCAGUUAACGGCGUCAACACUAGAUUUCCCUACUUUAUAUAAUCCAACCUACUCCCAUUCCAAUUUCCAAACCCAAUUCUACUCCCCACUCAACCUCCUUCCUUUUUCUCUCCUUCCAAUUCCAUUAACCCCAAGAAAAAUAAUUUAAUUACGCAUAAACAAAUCCCUAAAUUGACACUUUAAUCGGCACUGCUAAACAGUGUUUAUAAUUCUUGAUUACGCAUCGCCAUUUGCUUUAGAUCAAGAAACGGAGAGGAAUUUACUUUUCCUCCUGGCCUCGCCGUAGAAAUGUCUGCGAUUAGGAGCAUAAUCAGCCGGUCGCGCUCGCACCGCGUAGUCCAGGACGCCACGCCGGCGGCGCCGAACCACGGGAUGGACUCGUCCUGCUGGGCGAACAUGCCGCAGGAGCUGCUGAGAGAAGUGCUGCUGCGGAUCGAGGCGUCGGAGACCAGCUGGCCGCCGCGGAAGAGCGUCGUCGCCUGCGCCGGCGUUUGCCGAAGCUGGAGGCACAUCACCAAGGAGAUCGUCCGCGUUCCCGAGCUCUCCGGCAAGCUCACCUUCCCUCUCUCCCUCAAGCAGCCUGGACCAAGGGAUAUUCUCCUUCAGUGCUUUAUAAAGAGAUGCCGGACCACUCAGACGUAUUAUCUUUACCUCAGUUUGACUAGUGCACUAGCCGAUGACGGGAAGUUCCUACUUGCUGCACGCAAGAGUAGGCGAGCCACCUGCACGGAUUACAUCAUCUCUCUUGAUGCCGAUGAUAUGUCAAAGGCUAGCAGCACAUAUGUUGGCAAACUCAGAUCAAAUUUUCUGGGGACCAGAUUCACAGUCUUGGACGGCCUUCCACCGCAUGCUGGGGCCAAGCUGGUGAGAAGUCGUUCCACUAGGCCAAUAAGUCUGAAACAAGUUUCCCCGAGAGUCCCUGCUGGCAACUAUCCAGUGGCUCACAUCUCAUAUGAAUUGAACAUGUUGGGUUCUAGAGGUCCGCGAAGAAUGCACUGUGUUAUGGAUGGGAUACCUGCUUCUUCCGUCGAACCAGGCGGCAUAGCUCCAACACAGACUGAAUUUGGUAUUCGCAAGCUUGAUGCUUCCACAUCUUUCUCAUUUCUCCGGUCCAAAUCAAAUCUCACAGGAGAUUCAGGGCCCACGCCUGGUCCGAGGAAAGCUGGUUUAGUACUGAAGAACAAGUCACCAAGGUGGCACGAACAUCUACAAUGUUGGUGCUUGAACUUCCAUGGGCGAGUGACAGUCGCAUCAGUGAAAAACUUCCAGCUCGUUGCUGCCCCCGAAAAUGGAGUGGCUGGACCCGAACACGAGCAGAUCAUUCUGCAGUUUGGGAAAGUGGGAAAAGAUUUGUUCACCAUGGAUUACCGGUAUCCCAUAUCCGCGUUCCAAGCUUUUGCGAUUUGUCUCAGUAGCUUCGACACCAAGAUAGCUUGCGAAUGAAAAGACGCCUACAUGGCUGACUGAUUGAGGUAUAUUUCAACUUACACACGCGGUGUUAUCGUUUAUCUGUUUAAGUUCUUUUAAAUGAGGGAUUCGAAGUUUAAUUUAUCCCUAUUUUCGUACACAUGGUAAGGACUCAAGUCAUGCAUCACUACAGAGAUCGUCUCCAGGCUCGCCAUUAGAUUCUGUUCUGUUCCGUCGCUAAUAUAACCCUAUUUCUUCUUGUGCAGUUGAGUGGUGAAAGGUUUGAUCACCUGGUGCAAGUCGACCAAGCAAGUUCUCGCCAGUGGGAACAAACAUUGUAGCGGGGCGCGGAAAUGGCGCUGCCUCCGUUAGGUUGCGGAGAUUUGCCCGCAUCUUGACCUCAACUCAUCUGAGGUGAAACUCGAGAGUUGGUGAUGGUUAAUUAGAUUUAUUGGAACUGUAAUAAAAUAGGCGUUGUUAU